CUGGAUCUUCUCUUGAUCAUACAACAGGUCAUUAUGUCCAUCAACACCUCCACUAACUGCCACAAUGACAGUACAAGCCACAUCAGCAUCUUCACUGUGUGCGUGUACUCUUUCAUUCUCGUCAUAGGUCUCAUCUUUAAUCUCGUAGCACUGGUGGUUUUCCUCAGUCCCAGUAAAUCCAGAUCACAAACCACUGUCUACAUGACCAACCUGGCGUUGGCAGAUAUACUGCUCAUCCUCACGUUGCCCAUGAGAAUCUACUACCAUCUGGGAUUUGCUGGCCUACCUCAGUUACUGUGUGAUGUCCUCGGCCUGGUCCUGAAGGCUAACAUGUAUGGGAGCAUCUUUCUCCUUACUUGUAUUUGCUUCGAUCGUUGCAUGGCUGUCACCUUCCCUAUGUCAAGCCGUGUCCAGCAAUGGAGGAAGAAAGCACCGCUGAUUUGCCUUGGAAUAUGGAUGUUCACUUUUGGUGCCAGCCUGCCCAUCUACCUCUCCAAACACAGAGGAAUUGCUGAUGAGAAGCAUUGCUUUGAUAACUUGCCGGUUUAUGCCACACGGCCAAUGACGGUUUUAGCAACGUUGUUUCUGGGGUUUGCAAUCCCUUUAGUAGUUAUGCUAAUCUGCUCCUGGGGUUUGAUCCGUGCUGUCCGGCAAAGUACUGUGGCCCAGCAGGAACUAGUGGACAGCAGGAAGAUCCAGAAAAUGAUUGCUGCCAGCCUUUUCAUUUUCCUACUCAGCUUCCUCCCUUACCAUGCUAUCCUGGGCUACCUCUUUCUGUAUAGAGACAAAAUAUCAUGCCCCAUGUUAGCUGCAUACCGCCAUAGCCUGAUGGUGGCAUGUCUCAACACAGUACUUGACCCCGUUACAUAUUAUUUCACCACAGACACCUUCAGAAACAAGGUACACAUAAACCCUCUUCAGAGGAUGUUCCCAUUGAAUAGUCAAAGUUCUCUACAAGGAAACAGCAGGAGCAGAAUGCCCAAAAACAGCUAA